GUUAAUCACUGUCAUGACAAUGAGGGUCAUGAUUGCGACGAGUGAAGGGGAGUUCCUUAUAGAAGUGGAUCACAAGGAAACCAUUCUUGAAGUGAAGCAAAAGAUUGAACAGCUCUUGGGUGUUCCAGCUGCUUUCCAGACACUAUCUGUUUAUGGAUUGGAACUAAUUGAUGGGCUUGACAUGGAAGAUUACCCAAUUGUGUUUGAAGGCACCAAAAUUGAUCUUACCAUUUCACCUCCUACAGAGUCUGAUACUAUGAUCCAAAUUACUGUUAAAACGUCAUCCAAGAAGAUACAUAUGAUGGUGGACAAAACAGAAACUGUUCGAAGCUUGAAGGAGAAAAUCCAUAUAAUUGAUGGUAUUCCGAUCAAAAGAUUAAUGUUGUACUUCUCCGGCAUAGAGAUGGGAGACGAAUACCGAAGCUUAAGUGAGUAUAACAUUUGUGAUCAAUCAGAAAUCAUUGGGUUCUUGAAAACCACAAAUCGUUCAACAACUGAGCCUGCCUCAAAACGGUUGAGUGUAUUGGUCCAAACUUCUUCUUGUUUGCUUAACUCGGCGAGUAUUCCAUUGGAGAUGAAAGAUACUACUACUAUCAAUGAGUUGAGGAAAAUAUUGUUGGAUGGUAAGGUUUUACCCGCAGAUGACUAUUUCUUUAUCCACAAACAAAGGAUCAUGCGAGACAGUUUCAACCUCCGUUGGCAUGGAGUCGAAAAUGGGGAUUCUUUAUACGUAUUCAAAGGAACUGUGAGUCGCGGAUAUUGAAUAUCAAUUGCUUGCUAGUUACCUUUGAA